AUGGCUGAUUACUUGGAUCUACAAAUUUAUGCUAAUCAACAAGAUGCAGUGGACCAUUCUCUCUAUACAUCUCUCAAUCAAUCAGAGUGUGACAGUUUUACCUACAACGCUUACAUAGUUCCAACUCUCUUCUUGUUGAUGUUCCCAAUAGCCUUGUUGUUGAAUGUUGUGGCAGCAUGGGUGUCUGUGCAUCUGAAGUCUACCUCCACUUUUGUCGUGUACCUGAAAAAUCUAGUAGCUGCUGACAUAAUUAUGACCCUGAUGAUCCCAGUCAAAGCUGUUGGAGACUUUCCUGGCACAUGGGAACAACUAUAUGGACCAACAUGUCGUUUUUUCACUGUCAUUUUCUACAAUGCACAGUACACAUGUAUCGCACUGUUGGGACUAAUCAGUCUGGAUCGCUUCUUUAAGAUCAUGAUGCCACAAAGCAGAUUGCUUGGGCAAAGUCUGACCAUGAGCAAAGUGAUAUCUGCCACAGUCUGGCUUGUUCUGUUCGGAGGUACAGGUUUGCCAAAUAUCCUACUGACGAACAAAUCAGUAGCCAAUAUAUCAUUAAUCACCACGUGUGUUGUUCUGAAAGGACCAGCAGGAGUAAAGUUCCAUGAAACAACAUCUCUCCUCCUGAACAUAUUCUUUUGGCUGGUUAGUUUGGUCAUCAUGGUUUGCUACAUCUGCAUCGCAAACAGAGUCAUCCAGUCCUACAGAAACUCUGGUAGCAACAACAGCAAUGGAAAGCAGAAAAUCAAACUGCGCGUUUUUCUCGUUGUCAUUGUGUUUUUCAUCUCAUUUGGUCCAUACCACAUGAUCAGGAUCCCGUACACGUCUCAGCAAGUCAGCUAUUCUAAAACAGACUGCUCUCACACCUAUGAAUAUUUAAGGUUUGCCAAGGAACUCAGCCACUGGCUUGCUACAACAAACAUCUGCAUGGACCCCCUGAUCUAUGUCUUCCUUUGUCGAGAGUUCAAGGAGAAACUAAUGUCAAUGAUGAAAACCGGCUUUAUUUCUUUUAAAGGGAAUUCAAAAUAAAAACUCAAAGACUAUCUGCCCCAUUGAAGCUACAGUCAAAUAUGUGGCCAUAUCUCUAACAUAGAUCUUUUUUUGUUUUUGUUUACAUUGG